CGACGUCGCAAGACAACACCGACUGUAGAAUGGCUUCAGGGCCGACUUUCAUGCACCAGUGGUGCCGGCUGUGGAAGUUCGUCGUCUUCUCGACGGUGGCGACCAUGAUGACCAUGGGAGGAGGAGGAGAUGCCAUGGAGCUGGGAUUCGUGCGCCGCUAUAACAGAUCGCAGUUGCAGCUGCAGCCGGCCCGGAGCCUCAGGAACGAGGAGCCCGGCGGUCCGCCGGCGGUGCUCCCGUGGGACGAGCUGUUCCUCCCCGACGACUCGGCUCUGGAGGGCGACCUGGUCGAGCCCUACGGCGGUGGGCUGCCCGUCGCAGGAACCUCCCGCCAGGACCGCGACUCGGGCGUCAGCUACCAGCCGCUUUGCCAGACGCAGAGGAACCGGGUGGAGCUGAACGACGGCGUGUACGAGUACCGGCCGCCGCACUACCACGAGGUGCUGUGCCGGCAGGCCGCGGCCGCCAGCCAGGAGCAGCAGCAGGACCGAGAGGCCGCGGACGUGCUCAGCCUGCGCACCAGCUCCGUCGUCACCAAGCAGAUGUGCGUGCACCCGGGCUUCACGUGCGUCCAGCGCUACCAGAAGGUGUGGCUGACGCGCCGCCGCUACGAGUCCAGCUGCUGGGAGAUGGUGACGCGCACCGUGCCCUCCGGCUGCGAGUGCAUGUGGCCCGAGAACCGCUUCGGCGACAUCUCGCGCCACUACUGACGCCGACGUGGACGCCGCUCCGGACUCCCCGGGCGCUGAGCGUGUCCCGGGACACUCUGCUCGCGU